AUGUAUAUAGAAACAACGGCCGCAAAUUAUAACAUAGCGUGGAAUAGCGUGGAAGCUCGAUAUAAUAAUAAAAAAGUAUUAGUGCAAUCGCACACAAAAGAGUUGUUCGAUAUACCGGCGAUAAAUGAAGAAGCUGUGCAAUUAAGAAAAUUAAUAGAUCAGUUAAACGGUCAUAUGAGUGCAUUAGAAACAUUAGGUGAGAAGCCUAAGGAGUGGGGCUCAAUAUUAUUACACCUUAUAGCAACUAAAUUGGAUUCUAGUACACUUAAAGCGUGGGAAACGGUAUCUCCUAAAAAUGAAAUACCCAAAGUACAAGUGUUACUUGAAUUUUUAGAAAAGAGAUUCAAAAUAAUGGAAGCAGUGGAGACCUCUUCGAAUAUAAAUAUUCAAACAAAGUUUGGUUGGAUUGUGGCAGGCCCAGUUGAUAAUAAUAAAUCAAAUUUAAAAGAGACACAAAAUAUUUCUUUGUUUUGGAAAGUAGAAAACGUAGAUAAAAAUACUAAUUACACUUUGGAAGAAAAAACUUGUUACGAUCAAUUUAUUAAAACAGUGCGACGCGACGAAUCGGGCAGAUUCGUAGUACAAUUGCCGUUCCGCGAAGAAAUUAGUAAUAAAUUAGGUAAUUCUUAUCAAAGCGCGUUCCGGCGAUUUCUGUCGACCGAAAAACGAUUAGCACUAAAUACAAAAUUAGGUAAAGAUUAUCAGCAAUUUAUUGAUGAAUAUCUAUAUCUCGGUCAUAUGGAACUGCUGUGCAGUGCGGGGGAAGGGUCGGUCAAUGAACCCGGCUAUUUUCUACCGCAUCACGCCGUAAUAAACGAAAAUAGUAGUACCACUCGUCUGCCCGUAGUAUUCGACGGAUCUAGUAAAACUGAUACAGGCAUUAGCUUAAAUAAUGUACUAUUAAAGGGGCCUACAAUACAAGACGAUUUAGUCAAUAUUUUGGCUAGGUUUCGUACACACAAAUAUGCGAUAUCCGCGGACAUAUCAAAAAUGUACCGUCAAAUUUGGGUUACACCGGAACAUCGCAAAUAUCAAAAAAUAUUUUGGCGUAAAAAUAAAGAACAACCUAUGCAAAUAUUUCAGUUAAAUACGGUCACUUAUGGCACUGUCUCGGCAUCGUUCUUAGCUACCGCGUGCUUGUAUAAAUUAGCCGAAGAUGAGUAUAGUAAUUUUCCAGAAGCGUGUACUGCUAUAAAAAAUGAUUUUUAUAUGGACGAUUAUCUAGGUGGAGCAAAUACGAAAGAGAUGGCCGUACAAUUGCGUAAUGACUUGCGAACAGUGCUACAAUCAGAAUUAGAGGACAAUAUGGCGAAAAUUCUCGGGGUCCUGUGGCAUCCUAGUAAGGACAUAUUUAAAUAUAAAGUGCAGGACACAAAUACAGAUAAAUCAACAACCAAAAGAAGCAUAUUGGCGCAAAUAGCCUCAUUAUUCGACCCACUAGGUUUAGUGGGGCCGAUAGUAAUAAAGGCAAAAAUUUUAAUGCAAGAAAUGUGGAGGUUAAAAACUGAUUGGGAUAAACCCGAUAAUUGUAAUAUAGAGGUUCAUGGGUUCGCUGACGCCAGUUUAGCCGCCUAUGGCGCGUGUAUAUACAUACGCACGACAGAUAAUAGUGGCGUUUGCACGUCGCAUUUAUUGUGUGCAAAAUCUAAAGUUUCGCCUUUAAAAGUUAUAUCGCUCCCGCGAUUGGAACUAUGCGCAGCCUUAAUUUUAGUAAGGCUGUACAACAAAGUAAUACCGAAAUUAGGUAUAAAAAUACAACGUCGUUAUUUUUGGUCGGAUUCUUCAAUCGUCAUAGCUUGGAUAACUUCACCCUCUACACGUUGGCAAACAUUUGUUGCGCAUAGAGUGGAUGAAAUUCACGACCUUAGUUCAGUAAAUGAAUGGCACCAUGUUGGAACAAAGGACAAUCCUGCGGAUAUUAUUUCGCGAGGAUGCAGUACAAAAGAAAUCAUAAAUAGCUCGAUAUGGUGGCACGGACCAAGCUGGUUAACCAACGAUAAUAAAAGUUGGCCAAAGACUGUUUGCGAGUUAAGAUAUACCGAAAUACCGGAAGAGAAGAGUACACAGAAAACUGCUGCAUUUGUAGCACAACCGGUAGUAAAGGAACACAUAUUAAACGGAAUUAUACGAGUUGGCGGUCGCAUAAAAAAUGCCAGGCAUGUGAACAUAGCACAGCGAUACCCUAUUUUAAUACCUAAGUAUAGUACAAUUGCUAAAUUAAUAUUGCGCAACGAACACGAAUUACUUCUACACGCGGGCCCACAAGCGAUGUUGGCGAACAGUCGAUUAAAGUAUUGGAUAAUUGGAGGCCGAAAUAUCGCUCGGCAUGUAUUUCACCAAUGUGUAAAAUGUUUUAGACUUCGACCAACAAUAGUUGAACCUAUAAUGGCAGAUUUACCAACCGAACGAUUGGAGCCAAAUCGACCGUUUAAAAAGUGUGGUGUCGACUACGCCGGUCCUAUUUCUAUAAAAACAAGUUUAAGAAGAAAUGCGGCUGUGCUAAAAGGAUAUAUAUGUGUAUUUGUAUGCUUUAGUACUCGGGCUGUCCAUAUCGAGUUAGUUGCUGAUUUGACUACUGAAGCCUUUUUAAAUGCUUUAAAACGGUUUAUCGGACGCCGCGGUGUAUGUUCCGAUAUAUUUAGCGACAAUGCUACCAAUUUUGUAGGGGCUAACAAUAGGUUACUGGAACUAAAAAAAAUGUUUCAUUCGGAAGAGCAUUUAACCAAAAUGUACGAUGCUUUAUCAACGGAGGGUAUAAGGUGGCAUUUCAUACCCCCCCGAUCACCUCAUUUUGGCGGGUUGUGGGAAGCUUCUAUUAAAUCUAUUAAAAAUCAUUUAUACCGAGUUUUAGGUACGACCAAUCUAACUUAUGACGAAUUGAAUACUAUCCUAAUUAGAAUAGAGGCAGUCCUUAAUUCUAUACCUUUAACUCCCUGUUCCUCUGAUCCUACUGAUACUACACCAUUAACGCCUGCUCACUUUUUAAUUGGUGAGCCAACAUGUUCUUUACCCGAACCAGAUUUAACUGGUGUACCGGACAAUCGCUUAAAACGUUGGCAGCGAGUAACUCAGUUAACUCAAACACUAUGGCAACGCUGGAAUAAAGAGUAUUUGUCGCAGCUCCAAACCAGGCGAAAGUGGCUGGACAACAAGGGUCCUAAGUUAAAAGUUGGUACUGUAGUGUUGGUGAAAGAAAACGAUACCCUCCCGAUGUCUUGGUCCAUGGGUCGAGUUGUUCGUGUCCAGGCUGGUGACGACGGUGUCAUUCGGGUAGCUACUAUAUUAGUAAAAGGUAAAGAAGUAUCUAGAGCAGUUCGUAAGCUUUGUCCUCUUCCUUUUGAGGGAAAUAGUCCAUAA